CCGGCGGGCUGCAGAAGCAGAUAUGUCGGCUGUCCUGCAGCGCGUCGAGCGGCUGUCCAGUCGGGUGGUGCGCGUCCUGGGCUGUAACCCGGGACCCAUGACCCUGCAGGGCACCAACACCUACUUGGUAGGGAUCGGCACCAGGAGAAUCCUCAUUGACACUGGAGAACCAGCAAUUCCAGAAUAUAUCAGCUGUUUAAAGCAGGCUCUGACUGAAUUUAACGCAGCAAUCCAGGAAAUCAUAGUGACUCAUUGGCACCGUGAUCAUACUGGGGGCAUAGGAGAUAUUUGUAAAAGCAUCAGUAAUGACACUGCAUAUUGUAUUAAAAAACUCCCACGGAAUCCUCCGAGAGAAGAAAUUAUAGGAGAUGGAAAGCAACAAUAUGUUUAUCUGGAAGAUGGAGAUGUGAUUAAAACUGAAGGUGCCACUCUCAGAGUUAUACACACACCUGGCCACACUGAUGAUCAUAUCGCUCUACUUUUAGAAGAGGAGAAUGCGAUCUUUUCUGGAGAUUGCAUCCUAGGGGAAGGAACAACUAUAUUUGAAGACCUCUAUGAUUAUAUGAACUCCCUAAAAAAGCUAUUGAAAGUCAAAGCUGAUAUUAUAUAUCCAGGACAUGGCCCAGUAAUUCAUAACGCUGAAGCUAAAAUUCUAGAAUACAUUUCUCACAGAAAUAUCCGAGAACAGCAAAUUCUUACAUUGUUUCGUGAUAAUUUUGAAAAAUCAUUUACAGCAAUGGAGGUUGUAAAAAACAUUUACAAGACUAUUCCUGAGCAUUUAUAUAAAAUGGCUGAACAUAGUAUCUUGCUUCACUUGAAAAAAUUAAAAAAAGAAGGAAAAAUAUUUAGCAACACGGAUCCUGAGAAGAAAUGGAAAGCUAAUCUUUAGUUUCAGAUUAAUGAAAGCUUUUGUUGGCUUGUUUUAUUUUUAGAGAAUGGUAUGUUUUCUUGACUAUAAUUAUUUACAGGGAAUACAGAGUAUAGAACAUUGAAAAUAAUCCUAAAUAUACUUUAAAAUAAUGUCUUAUUUCGUCUAAAAUAUAUAUUACACUUUACAUGUAUAAUAUAGGUCGCUUAUCUAAUCUGAAUGGUACAACAUUUUACCAAAAAUUCAGAAUCCAACAGUUUAUCCAUGUUCAACAGAUUUAUGGUUACU